GGACUCUCAUGGCGCGACGACCUUUUGGCUCGGUUCGCCGGGGUUCAGCGCAACGAGCUAGCGUUGCCGUACCGGCCCUUGCCUGCGAACCACGCACACGGACCGACAAAGAGGUGGCUUCUACAGUUCAGUGCGGACUACAUGAGGGCAGACGCAGACGACUUUACGGUUGCCAGGCACUUCGAGGCCUACUUACUUUGGCUGUUCGGCUGGGUCAUGUUCUGUAGCUCGCAGGGUGACUCGUGCCCCAAAUAGCUCAUUCCUUUGGCGAGGUCGAUAGCUGACGCUCCACUUCACGAGAUGCCACAGUUCAGCUGGGGUUCUGCUGUUUUGGCUGCGAGUUACAGGGGUCUUUGCACGGGCGUGACGAAGGUCUCAGCAGAGGAGCCCAUUUUUGUUGGGUGUCCUCUACUGUUACAGCUCUGGUCUUACGAGCGCUUUCCCGUCGGUAGGCCAGAGAUGGACUUCGAGCCGUACGUCCAGCUGUCCGCAGACUACGACGACGUCGACAGACCUACGAUGGGUUCAUUGUGGUGCCUCAGGAGGCCUUCUUGGGUCGGCGUGCAGACGAGGAAGUCGUACCACGACUUCGUUGGUCAGUUUGACGCUCUUGUGGACACGGACGUGAGGUGGACUCCGUACACUGCAGCCAACAUUUACGCCCGGGCACCGAGCGGUCUUUCGUCCUUAUGCCUGCGAGAUCACGAGUACUGGAUGACGAGGAAGCCGAUCCUUUACGACAUCCACGUCGAGGAGUACCACGUUCACCGGGUUAUGAGGCAGUUCGGUCUCUACCAGCAGACCCCGGUCCCGAUUGUGCACUCAGUGGAGGCCCACGUCUACAGGUGGACACGGCAGGGUCAGCCACCAGGCUCGCGGUGGGCCGACAAGGUCCGUCCUUACGUCGACUCUUGGGCCGCGGCCCUCGACGACGUCGUUUUCGAGGACCGGCUGCACAGCGACGAGGCGUUCGCGGACUACCUACGGUGGUACCUGCCGAGGACGCGCACACGUGUCGUGCACGUUCCACCAGAGGCUCCGAUCGAGGCUGCAAGGGUGUCGGAGACGUACCCCGUAGUUCGAGAUCAGAACUUCGCCAUAGCGGUACGUUUCUCUGAUUGA